CAUCGAAUAGCGCGGCUUCACACUUUUACCAUUAAAGAUAUUUAAUAAGAACUUGGUUUUAAUGAUCUUUUUGUUGAUUAAAGAUGUCGCCCAACACAACAACAACGACGACGAGGACGAGCUUGUCGGAAUUCCAAAGCUCAUAUCCCCCCAUCCAAAUUCCUUGCACCGAUUUAUAUAGUUUUAUUUUUGGCCAACUUUCAAGGUGUUCAUCCAAUGUACCAGCUCUCAUCGAUGCUGCGACGGAUGAACAAGUGAGCUAUUCAGAGCUUCAUGCUCGCAUAAAUCGUCUUGCUGCCGGCUUGAGCGCCCAUUGGGGCAUCAAAAAGGGCAAUGUCGUCGCGAUCUACGCCCCAAAUACCAUUGAUUUUGUCAUUUCCGUUUACGCCAUUGUUCGACUCGGCGCAACAGUCACCACUGCCAAUGCUGCCUACACAUCCAAAGAACUCGUAUACCAACUACGGGAUGCCAACGCAGUCGCCAUCCUCACCGUUCCCUCCGCGUUAAAUGUCGCUCGGGAAUCCGCGUUAUCUGCCGGUAUCAGUACAAGCCGGAUAGCAGUCAUGGGCUCUCGAGCAUCAAGUGAUGCACCUCACAUACGAGAUCUCAUGGUGGAUCUCGAACCUCCCAAGAUUGUCUUUACUCUAGACGAAUUGGCACAACAUCCUGCCUUCCUCUGCUACAGCUCUGGUACAACUGGGAGAUCAAAAGGAGUGAUACUAACUCACAGAAACAUAACAGCAAACGUUGCCCAGAACGCGGCGGUAAAAGUCACGGAUUACACCCAAUGUCGGGUGUGGUCCGCCAUCCUACCAUUCUAUCAUGUUUACGGACUCGUGUCGAUCAUGGCCGUUGCGUUGUACCAACGCUGUACGCUCGUUAUCAUGGAAAAAUUUGAGUUCAAAGCCUUUCUCGAGAUGGUGCAAAAGUAUAAAGUGCAAGGAUUGCAAGUUGCGCCUCCAAUCGUCGUCCAGAUAUUGAACAACCCACUAGCCAAACAGUAUGACCUUUCGUCCAUCAAAGCAAUGCACUCCGCAGCGGCACCUCUCAGUAAAGACAUUGAAGACGCAGUAAGCGAAAGAUUUGGGUUGCCAAUAAAACAAGGGUUUGGCAUGACAGAAUCCGGACCAAGCUCUCACUCAAAUCCCAAUCACAAGAUAAAGUCAGGAUCAAUCGGCAUUCUGUACCCGAACAUGGAGGCCAAGAUUAUACAUGUCGAAACCGGACAGACUGUGCCAAUUGGGGAGGAAGGCGAAAUGUGCCUUCGAGGCCCAAAUAUCAUGAAAGGCUACCUCAACAAUGCAGAAGCCACCAGAAAUACUAUUGAUAGCGAGGGAUGGUUGCACACAGGCGACAUUGCGCGCGCCGACACAGAAGGUUAUUUCUACAUCGUCGACCGACUGAAAGAGUUGAUCAAAUACAAAGGCUUUCAAGUACCUCCGGCGGAACUCGAAGGAAUCCUCCUAACACAUCCCAUGGUCCUCGACGCUGCAGUCAUUCCACGAAAUGACGCACGUGCCGGAGAAGUUCCCCGAGCAUAUAUUGUCCUGAGACCUGAGAGUUGCGUGAGCGAAACUGAGAUUCGAGAAUUCGUGGAUGGGAAGGUCUCGGGACACAAGAAACUCCGUGGGGGUGUUCGCUUCAUUCCCGCAAUUCCAAAAUCGCCCUCUGGAAAGAUUUUGAGACGAGUUUUAAGAGAUAUGGAUAAAAGGGAAAUGGCAAAACUCUGAGAGGUUGAAAUCAAAAUAUGGGGCGGGUUGCAAUGGUGCUUGUAGAAUGUUUGUUAUUUAGUUGAGCAGCUUCUGGAUAGAAUGGAUAAAACGCCCUGGUGGUAAAACUCCAAGAGGGACACCGAGCUCUCCCUGCUCAAUCAUUGCCCACACCGUCUUUUCUCCAAGGUCCAACAUCAAGUAUGCCAAACUUCAUCAAUGCAUUCACAAUCGUUAUAACCCCCAAAACCUCAUACGGAUCCCCAGCUUCCGAGAGAUACCGCGAAUAGUAGUUAAUACCAAUCAACUGAUUGUCAACUGAUUGUCAC